CGUCGAUCAUUACUUCACAGAAGUUCGUCAGCGCGAGUCUUGUCUAGAAGGAGUAAGUGAAACAAUAUUUAAUCUUGUUGCAAACAGCUAGUCGAAAGUUUUGUUAUCGAGAAAUAACGUCAACUAUUCUCUCGGAAUGGAUCCGAUAGCAAAUAAAGUUGUACUUAUCACAGGCGGGGCCAACGGAAUCGGCUUCGCCUACGCCACGGAAUUUUUAAGAAACGGAGCUGCGCACGUGGCUAUUCUCGAUUUGGCAAAUUCGAACGGCGACGAAGCGGUGAAAAAAUUGGAAAAGGAAUUCGGAAAAGGAAAGGCGAUAUUUAUCGUAUGCGACGUGGCCAAGGCUCAGGAUUUGGAAGAUGGGUUCGCUAAAACGGUGAAGGAAUUCGGUCGACUCGACAUCGUCAUUAACAACGCUGGUAUAAUGGAUGACUCGCGGUGGGAACUGGAGAUAAAUGUAAACAUCACAGCCGUAGUGCGCGGAACUUUGCUGGGCUUCGAGUACAUGGGAAAGAACAAAGGAGGCAAGGGUGGAACCAUAGUGAACGUCUCUUCAAUCUUGGGCAUCAUACCAAUUUGGACUUUCCCAGUUUACUCGAGUACCAAACACGCGGUCAUUGGCUUGACUCGAUCUUUCGGAGAACACCAUCACUUCGAUAAAACAGCGGUCCGAGUAAUGGCGAUGUCUCCAAGCGCAACGGAGACCCAACUGAUGACCAAGAGUUAUGAGAGGACGCUGGAAUGUCUGACUCCUGAUAACGUGAGAGAAAUGAUGCUCCAUUUCCCAUCUCAAAGUGUUGAAGCGGUGGUCGAUGGCAUGCUCCACAUGAUCAGAGUCGGGGAGAACGGCAGUGUCUGGGUGGUUCAGGCCGGAGAACCGCCGUACGAAGCUGACUUUCCCGAUAAACCAGUGAAGAAGAGUAGCUGCUGGAGGAUCGCAAAGCUACACAAGCUCAAAGACGGUGACCGGUUAACGCUGUUAUGUAAACGUUGCACGUUAUCGGAAUACUCAAUUAUACCUUUGUUCAGUUAUCUUUUUUCGCUGUCUACCAAUAGCGAGGUAGCCGUUGUACCGAACGCAUCGUACGCAACAAUGCAGAUCAAAGGUAAAAUCGCACUCGUAACAGGAGGAGCAAGUGGCAUUGGUCUCGCCUACGUUAAGGCGCUCUUGAGUAACGGAGCAGCGAAAGUGGCCAUUCUCGAUUUGGCAAGCUCGAACGGCGUCGAAGUAGCGAAAAAUCUGAACGCGGAAUUCGUUCAUGGAAAGGUGAUCUUCGUCGUGGGUGACGUGACGAAGUCCAAGGAGUUGGAAGCCGGAUUCGCAAAGGCUUUCGAAGAAUUCGGUGGACUGGAUAUCGUGAUAAACAAUGCCGGGAUAAUGGACGACAAGAAAUGGGAGCUCAUGGUUGACAUCAACUACAACGGAGUCGUGCGCGGAACUUUGCUGGGUCUAAAAUAUAUGGGGAAAAACGAGGGCGGCAAGGGAGGCACCAUUGUCAACGUAGCUUCGAUCGUUGGCGUUAUGCCGUCCAACAUUUUCCCCAUUUAUUCUGGGACCAAACACGCCGUUAUCGGUCUAACCCGAUCCUUCGCUGCACCAGAAAACUACGAGCACACAGGCGUUCGAUUAAUGUCGAUGUGUCCGGCCGUCACGGAAACCCAACUUAUAACAAAAAGUGUCGGACGUUCGUUGAGCAUCAUCAAAACCGAAUUGCUGAACGAAACGUUCAGCGAAAUGCAAUCAACGGAAAGCGUCGCCAAGGCUAUGAUGCAGAUUAUUCGCGAGGGAGAAAACGGCAGCUCUUGGAUCGUGGAGAACGGUGAACCGCCCUUUGAGGUCGACCUUCCUGAAAGUUCUGAAAAGUUUGUGCGAAAGGUUAGAUCUUAAGGGAUUAAUUCGAUCGAACCGUCGGAAAUAUUCCUGAAGGUUUGGAUUACCAUUGAACGCUACUUGUGACGUUUUGUUUCGGACUAAAAAUGAAAUUGUGUCGUACUAUUGUUUGAGGAAAUAAAUAUUUAAAAUCUUA